AUGCGUUCCAACAUGCUAUUAUCUCUGGCCCUCGGCCUUCUCGCAGCCGACUCUGUGUUGGGAGGUCUUUGCAAGCUUCAAACAUCAAGCUCAACUCUUGUUUUUACAAAACCGGGAUUCCCAGCUCCUGAUCCCCCUACACCAACGAUUGGUCCGACUACAACAUCUACAACUUCGAUCGCCUCGACUACAACUUCUGAGACAGCGGUUUCGUCAUCCUCGGCCGUGCGGCCCCCACCAGUUGACCCAGGGUUCACCCCUUUCGCCAACUUCAUGAUCGUGGCUGGCGGCGGUCCCGACAGUCCCACGGCAGGCUCGGUGCUCCAGUCCAACGGACAAAAUACUCGCUCCGUGAUGUUCCACCCUGUCGAAGCAGGUCUGGUCCCGAUUACCCUUACUAUCGAGGCUGGUACUGGGCACCUCAUCCAAUCAAACGGCAUGUACCUCUGUGCUCGCUAUUCGUUCCGGCCCAACUAUCCUAGCAUGCUUAUAAACUGCGCUACCGAAGGUGUUUGGACGACAUACCGUAUUCUUUCAUUACCUGUGAGCAGACGGCCGAUCGCAAGCUUGUGUGCAGUGUGCCGGCUGUCUCCUGCACACAAUACUAUUCCGAGGAUGAGCUCGUCACGUCCUGUCUACAUACCACUGGCACAUUUGAUCAGUUCUAUACAAGCUUCAACUCUUUGUGGGGGUAUUUUGUAUAUCUGGGCUCGGGCAGCUAUAUCUGGUCUCAGUCGACUGGUUUGUGUCAUUAGUGCGCUUUUGGACAUGGCGUUAGGAGCGGUAAUGCAGCUUGAAAUUACAUCCGGUACGGCUGGUGGCUCUGUUGCCAACAACGCACAAACACUCUGCCAACAAAGCCCGAUGGUUGGUGACUGA